GAGCUCGCAGCAACCCGCAGUGAUGGCAAGAAAGGAGUCUGCGAAAACAGGGGCGGGGAAUGUGACGGAGGAUGCAUUAUCCGGUUGAUGGUGAUGAACUUGGCUCCCACUACACGUACAUAGGCGGCUAGACCAACACAGUACUUUACGUAGUACUUUUUCCGCAGCUGAUGCGUCUGUCAGCAUAGUCAGCAAGCCCAGCCUGGAAUGUCGCAAUGUCGACCAAACACAUCCAAGCGAAUCCGCAUUUUCUAUAAAUAGAGUGUGCGUCUCUAAAUUUGAUGAUAUCAUCAGCAUGCAUGGAUAUGGAAUCUGUAACGAAGUUUUGGAACUACGACGAGAAACUAAAUUGAUAUUCGUAUCAUGAUUGUGAAACCAAACACGCACACGUGCAGAGUAAGAAAUGGGACGAAGAUCAUUUCUCCAUACGAUACCCAUCUAGACGAGCACCCUUGCUCCGGAUUCCGAGCCGAAACUCGCGGCCGUCGACUCGUACGGUGCUAACAACGGGUACAACACGAAAUGCAGCAGC